GCCAGCCGGCCACAGCCCCUCUUUCCGGCCACAGCCACAGCCAGCCAGCCAGAAGCACAGUGGCCCCUCCUGGGACUCAGGCACAGUUCCUCACGUUUGCUUCUUUGUUGUCCACGGCUUCUUGUUCUCUGUGGCUAUUCCCCCAGCAGGGCCCCGGGGGCGCAGCCCAGCCCGCUGCAGGGAAAUUCCGUGGCAGUUGGAGGGUUCCAGGAUGUCAGCCGUGGCUUCAGAUUGCCCCGAGUCCCUGCAGGACCUCGUGUUUACCUGGGAGGAGAAUCGGAAGUUCAUCCUCCGGGGCUGGUCUCUUGCCUUCAGCAUCCUGGCCACCGUGAUGGUGCUCAGUGUAACGGACGGGCGCAUGGCCUACGUGCAGGGCUCCUACACCGGCUACCUGGGCUUCUGGACUGACUGCAGGAGGCACCAGUGUGCUGUCAAGGGCCAGGUGACAGUUCUCAUCCACAUGAGCAAGGGUUUCAUGCUGCUGGCUCUGGCCACCUGCCUGGUCCUGCUGCCGGCCAUGGGUGUCUCCUUCUGGCGGGCUUUCCGCAGCCUCAGCAAGAUGGACCUGGUCUUCAGCUCUCUCAGCAUCAGCAUUGGCUUCUUGAUUGCUGUCAGCCUGACCCUCUUUGCUGUCAACUGCGAGUCGCUGUACCCCAGGCCACAGGUGUCCUACCUGGUGACCUUCUACCUGAGCUGGUGUGCCAGCGCCUUGAUGCUGUGGGCUGGGGCCCUUUCCUACUUGAACCAAGCGGGCAUGUGGAGCAGGGGGUCGCCGUCCCGCCUGCAGCAGAUGAACUACCGUCGGUGGGCCUCGCUGCGCGGUGCCUUCAGGUCUGCUUCCAACCUGGCAGCAGAGGCUGGCCCAGUACCCGGCCCAGACCCAGACGCACCGACUGCCUGCACGGUCAAGGGCCAGCGCAACAGUCCAUCUCGGACAUAA